CCAAACUUUGUAUAUAUAAUAGACGAGUUAUAAUUUAAAACGUAUUUAAACUUACAAUUUUUACUUGGUUAUAGUAAAAAAGUAAAAAAUGACAACACGUAAAUAUUGUGCAAUUCACUCGUGCAAAAGUAUUAUUGAAAAUGGAAUAUCAUUUCACGAGCUCCCAAAGCACAAACAAUUUCGCGCACAGUGGGCCGCUUUGUGCAAAUUAAAUCUUAAAAAAUUGGGUAAACAUUCCGGCAUCUGUAGCCUUCACUUCAACAAAGAAGAUUACUUUCCAAAGAGUUCCUUAAGUACCAGCAACCGGCCAAGGUUGAAACUUGGUGUUCUCCCAUCGAAAAAUCUGCCCAAAUGCUAUUUUCUACCGCAGAAGGAUCCGCAAAAACUUGAAAUCAUUGCUGCGCGUGAUGAGAGAACUAAGAGAAGAGCUGAAGCUGCAAAACCAAGUAUUACUGUAAAACUUGAGCCAUCAGUAAAUAAUGAUAAGAAAGGUAAUAUUCAACAUGCAAGUGAUUGUGUUGAUGGUGGAGUUAACAUGGAAAAAGUAACUUUUUCAAAAGAGACGGUAGCUGUCAUGUCUCUCUUUGAGUUAAUGGACUUAGGAUUGAACAAAAAACACGUUUACAAAGACGGUGAAACGGUGUGCAACAGUUUGUUCGAAGAAAAAAGAAAAACACUUUACAGUUUAAUCAAGACAGACGAGCAGUUGAUUGCUUUCACGGGUAUCGAUUUUGAAUUGUUCAAAUAUCUUGAAAAAGCCAUGCAUGCUCACGAAGGAGCAGAAACACAAAGAGACCUUGGUGCUGCGGAAAAAAUUUUUCUCUGUCUGUGUAAAAUUAAACUAAACUUGUCGUUUGCGUGUUUGUCUGUUUUAUUUGCCUGGACAGAAAAAAAAUGCACUAUUGUUUUUAAAAAAGUGAUUGUCAAACUAGCCAGUAUAUUGAAAAAUGACAUUUUUUGGCCAGACACAAAUGAGGUACUGGCUAAUAUGCCAAAAUGUUUCGAAAAAUUCAGUAAUACCCGAGUAAUUCUGGAUUGCAUUGAAAUCCCGGUACAACAGUCUAGCUGUGUAAAAUGUCGAUUAAGCACAAAUAAACUCUACAAGGAUACUUCUAUUGUCAAAUUUAUGAUUGCUAUGAGUCCAGCUGGUCAGAUCAUUUGUAAAGGAAAAAUGUUUGAUGGAAGAACAACUGACAAUGACGUCUUGGCUCAGAGUGGAAUUAUGGAUAAAUUAAGACCAGAAGUGGACACAGAAAAAUGAACAAUUUAU